CAAAUACAAGGUGUAAUCAUACCCAUUUGUGGCUUCACUUUUGUCAACCUACCGAUCUAUAGCUUGAUACGGCCCACUGCAACAAAUAUCGAUUUAGAAAAAAAUUACUAGCUACUGGAAUGAGAACAUAAGAUGGACUCAGGAAACAGCCAACCCUACUCUAGGGGGUACGAAUUACGGGAUAUCCCUCCCGGGGAAUCAACCGAACGCCUUAACUUUCCCGAGCAUGAAGCGUACGGCGACCGUCCUUAUUCCCUACAUGACCCACAAAUUCACGGCUACGACCCCGAUAGACUCGAUCGGCCUAUCUCCUCCCCCACAUCCGAAUACAGUGGCGAGACUGCCCAUCAAGGGGUAUAUCAUUUACCUCCCUCGCGGAGUGUAACCCACGCCGCUGAUGAUUUAGAGCAAGCCCAGUUUGCCGGCGGUUUUGGGUACGGUAGGCCUCCGUCUACCUACAACGAGCUUGAAACCUGGACGGAGCGACAGCAAGCCCCUUUUGAUAACUCCAAUGGAGCAGGAGGUCUCCGGCGGCGCAACACGAGGAAAAUAAAGCUUGCACAGGGCCUCCAAGGUUCCGUUCUGAGCACCGAGUAUCCCGUCCCCACUCCCAUUCGAAAUGCCACCGAAGCUCAGUAUCGAGAUGGCGAGGAGUUUAGGACGAUGCGAUACACCGCUGCCACUUGCGACCCUAACGACUUCACGCUUAUGAACGGAUAUGAUCUGCGUCCGCGUAUGUAUAAUCGACAUACCGAACUUGUGAUCGCUAUCACAUACUACAACGAAGACAAGAUUCUCUUCGCCAGAACGAUGCAUGGAGUGAUGCAGAAUGUCCGCGAUAUAGUGAAGCUCAAGAAAUCGACGUUUUGGAGUAAGAGCGGCCCAGCAUGGCAGAAGAUAGUGGUAUGUUUGGUGUUCGAUGGUAUCGAGAAGGCAGACAAGAGUGUGCUCGACGUUCUCGGAACGAUCGGCGUCUACCAGGAUGGCGUGGUCAAGAAAGACAUCGACGGGAAAGAAACCGUGGCCCACAUUUUCGAAUUCACGAGCCAGAUCUCCAUUACCCCUGAUCAACAGCUUAUCCUGCCCAAGCCUGAUGACCCUACCAACCUACCCCCUGUACAGCUCCUAUUCUGCCUUAAGCAAAAGAAUAGUAAGAAGAUCAACUCGCAUCGUUGGCUAUUUAACGCGUUUGGCCGCAUUCUGAAUCCCGAAGUCGUGAUCCUCAUAGACGCCGGAACGAAGCCGAGUCCUCGGUCCCUGCUCGCUCUAUGGGAGGGCUUCUACAACGACAAGGAUCUUGGCGGCGCCUGCGGAGAGAUCCAUGCUAUGCUGGGUAGACGUGGUAAGAAGCUACUUAACCCCAUCGUGGCCAUCCAAAAUUUCGAAUACAAGAUCUCCAAUGUGCUAGACAAGCCCCUAGAGAGCUCGUUCGGAUACGUCACAGUCCUGCCAGGCGCCUUUUCCGCUUACCGGUUCCGGGCUAUUAUGGGUCGCCCCUUGGAUCAGUAUUUUCAUGGCGACCAUACGCUGUCGAAGAUAUUGGGCAAAAAGGGCAUAGACAACAUGAACAUCUUUAAGAAGAACAUGUUCCUUGCUGAAGAUAGAAUUCUCUGCUUCGAGCUGGUCGCGAAGGCUGGACAGAAGUGGCAUUUGAGCUAUAUCAAAGCCGCCAAGGGAGAAACAGAUGUACCUGAAGGUCCCGCCGAAUUCCUCAGUCAACGUCGACGAUGGCUGAACGGCUCCUUUGCGGCAUCGUUAUAUUCUCUCAUACACUUCAAUCGACUUUAUAAGUCCGGACACAACAUCGUGCGGAUGUUCUUCCUGCACAUCCAGUUCCUAUACAACUUUGCCCAGAUCCUUUUCAGUUGGUUCUCCAUCGCGUCAUAUUGGCUCACCACAGUCGUCAUCAUGGAUCUCGUCGGUACCGGUGUCCCAGCUAGUGGCUAUCGCGGCUGGCCGUUUGGUGACAUCGCAACCCCCAUCGUGAAUACGCUAAUUAAGGAUAUUUACUUGGUUUUCAUCGUCGUCCAGUUCAUUCUCGCCCUCGGAAAUCGUCCCAAGGGGUCUAGGCACUCCUAUGUUGCCUCCUACGUUGUUUUUGGUUUGAUACAGGCUUACAUCAUAGUUCUGUCUUUCUACCUGGUCUUCCGUGCCCUGAGAACACCCAUUGCCGAUCAGAUAGACACCUCGAGUGCCGGCGCGUUUUUCAACAGCAUGUUCGGUACCGGAAGCGUGGCUGGUGUCAUUUUGAUUGCCAUCAUCACCAUCUAUGGUCUCAACUACGUAGCUUCAUUCAUUUACCUAGACCCAUGGCACAUGUUCCACUCGUUUCCCCAGUACCUCAUCCUGGCAUCUACCUACAUCAAUAUCGUCAUGGUUUACGCCUUCAACAACUGGCACGAUGUUUCAUGGGGCACUAAGGGCUCUGAUGAGACAGCAGCUCUGCCAUCCGUACAUGUCCUCAAGGAUGAAAAAACCAACGCCCCCGUGAUCGAGGAGGUAGAGAGAGAACAGAAUGAUAUCGAUAGUCUGUUUGCGAAGACUGUCUAUCGAGCCCUUGCUCCUGUCGAGGAAGAGGAGGUUGUGGAAAAGAAGGACACAGAAGACUCGUACAAGUCCUUCCGAACCGGUCUAGUCAUCUCGUGGAUAUUAUCAAACAUGCUAUUAAUUGUUUUCGUCACCAGCGACGACUUUCAGUCGUUGGGUGUUGGGGUAGCAGCUACCACUCGAACACCUGGAUACUUUCGCUUCCUCCUCUUUGCUACGGCGGUCCUUGCCCUGGUCCGUUUCCUUGGGUUUUUGUGGUUUAUAAGCAAGACGAGCAUCAUGUGUUGUUUCGCUAGAAAAUAAAUCAGACAGUCUUUUUUUGGGUUAUUUGGGCGUUUGGGAUCAUGAUGUAACUUUGCAUGGCUGCCGGUUCAAGGACAUUGGCCUCGAGAUUAUUACAGCAUUUUGGAAUGAAAAGGUCCAGGUCGGAACUAAGGUCAUAGCGACAUCUGCAUAUGGUAACAUAAAAACUUAAUAGAGUAGGUACUUUAUUGGUUGAUGAUGCUCAUAGUUGGUUCAUGAGCAGGAAAUUCGAAUAUUUUCAGAACAAGAUCAUGUGAUAUACUGAAUAUCAACAUAGAUCAAUGACCCCCCCCACGUGAUAUCCUGUUGGGUAGCCCGUUUGCAUUGUUGGGUAGCAUUAAUGAAUUUCCCGUUUGCUCGC